GGACACGACCAGCCCACUUAAACGGCGGCGGUGCCGUUCUCCGCCAGAUCCGGAAGGUCUCGUAGUCACUCGCUCCGAGUCACUGUCGCUGGAGUCCAGGGGGACCGGUCUUUCUUAUGCGACCUUAGGGCACCAUCGGGAGCAGCCCCUCCUAGAAGCUUGUAGUUCUCAAGCCGGAAACGCUGCCUCCCUUCCUUGGAGGGCAGACAGACUCCUGAGGACUAAACGAUGAGACGGACCCGACGGGGAGGGAAGGAGCCAGGCGUGUUGGACGGGGCAUUCCUCAAGUCUGCCUUCAGGGAAUACUUCACGUCGAGCCCCUCGGGGCCGCUUGGCCAAUCAGAUCCCCGCUGAGAUCCUGAACAAUCCCCAGCUGCAGGCGGCCAUCCAAGUCCUGCCUUCCAACUAUAACUUUGAGAUUCCCAAGACCAUCUGGAGGAUCCAACAGGCCCAGGCCAAGAAGGGUGAGCCCCCCCCCAAGCUCUGAGCUGGAGUGCAAUUGGAGAGGUGGUCUGACCCAGCCAGGGGGGUGUCCCCAUCCCAGUCUUUUCCCAGCCCUCUGCUCGCAUGUCUCUGCUCUAUCUUGCAGUGGCCUUACAAAUGCCCGAAGGCCUCCUCCUCUUCGCCUGUACCAUUGUGGAUAUCUUGGAAAGGUUCACAGAGGCCGAAGUGAUGGUGAUGGGCGACGUGACCUAUGGGGCUUGCUGUGUGGACGACUUCACUGCGAGAGCCCUGGGGGCUGACUUUCUGGUGCACUACGGCCACAGCUGCCUGGUUCCCAUGGACACCUCGGCCCAAGACUUCCGGGUGCUGUACGUCUUUGUGGACAUCCGGAUAGACACUGCCCACCUCCUGGACUCUGUCCGCCUCACCUUUCCCCCAGGCAGCGCCCUUGCGCUGGUCAGCACCAUUCAGUUCGUGUCAACCUUGCAGGCAGCUGCCCAAGAGCUGAAAGCUGAGUAUCGUGUGAGUGUCCCACAGUGCAAGCCCCUGUCCCCUGGGGAGAUUCUGGGCUGCACGUCCCCCUGCCUACCCAAGGAGGUGGAGGCUGUGGUGUAUCUUGGAGAUGGCCGCUUCCACCUGGAGUCUGUCAUGAUCGCCAACCCCAACAUCUCCGCUUACCGAUACGACCCUUACAGCAAGGUCCUGUCCAGAGAGCACUAUGACCACCAGCGCAUGCAGGCCAACCGCCGGGAAGCCAUAGCCACUGCCCACUCAGCUAAAUCCUGGGGUCUCAUCCUGGGCACUUUGGGCCGCCAAGGCAGUCCCAAGAUUCUGGAGCACCUGGAAUCUCGGCUCCAAGCCUUGGGACUUCCCUUCGUGAGGCUGCUGCUCUCCGAGAUCUUCCCCAGCAAGCUCAGCCUCCUUCCCGAGGUGGAUGUGUGGGUGCAGGUGGCAUGUCCACGCCUGUCCAUCGACUGGGGUACAGCCUUCCCCAAGCCGCUGCUCACGCCCUAUGAGGCGGCGGUGGCCUUGAGGGACAUAUCCUGGCAGCAGCCCUACCCUAUGGACUUCUACGCCAGCAGCUCCUUGGGGCCGUGGACGGUGAACCACGGGCGGGAUCGGCUGCUCCAGGUCCCAGGCCGGCCGGCCCUGGGGAAGGUUCAGGGGGGUCCCGCGCGCCCCUCUCCAGCCGCGGCUUGCGAGCUUUGCAGCUGCAGAGACGAGAAGGUGUCGCCGAUCGCUCCCUGAGACGCUCCUGGUUCCCAGGACCCUGCCCUCCGGAGGAGCAGCCUCGAGGCUGGUGGUUUUCCGAACAGGAGGCAGACGUUUUCUUGGCCCUGGAAGAGCCCACGGCGUGCAGAGGUCUGGAGGAAGCCCUGGGAACGGUGGCACAGGCACUGAAC